CUGGGAAUCUUACAACUUUGCUGCCAGUAAAUGUUUAAAAAAUCUUUUCGUCGAUUUUCUCGAGUUAGUGGAGCUAUCUUAUUUUCCUGAAUCAAAUGAUUUGGAGUCGACACCCGGCCACUAUAUGCCUGCAGAUAUCCAUACGUGAUAUACUCUAAUUCCUUUUCUUUAAUCUUUUCCGUACAAUCUUUUAGCCUAACCUAUUGGUAGUGUUCGACAAAAACGAUCCAGUAUCCAAUCAGCUCUGCCCAUAUAUCUCUCUUUUCCUACAUUAAUUUGGUGGCCUAUUGUCAUAUCUGUUUCUUUUUCCUUUCAACUUUUCUUCUUUCUACUUCAUUUCGUGCACUAUCGCAUCCAAAAUGAAUUGAAUCUGAUUCAUGAUGGAUUCUGACUCAGUGACUCUGUAUGUGGUGUAUGUGCCUCUUUGUUUUAAGUAGGAGACAUUUCCUUUUCCGAUUAUUUUCUUUAAAUAGUAGGCAAAUGCAUGCUUUUCUUGUGUGCGCGUGUGUGUUUUAAGUGGAAACACAUGCACCAUGCACCAACAAAACUGAUAAGAUAUCAACUAAUUUUUUAUAUCCUUUUUCGUCAUGUUCGAGUGUAUAAGUUUCCAAUAGAAUGCAACGAAAACUAUCAUUGCCCCAUAUAUUAAAAAAUAAAUAAUACAGAAACUCCAAUGGGAACUUUUGUAGGGCAUCUAGUCCCUGGCUUGGCUCUUGUCUUCCUUGGCCUAUGGCAUACAAUCAACACAAUUCGGUCCUACUUCCUUAAAGGAUCGAACAAGUUUGUCCUAAAAUUUUGGUACCCGUUGAAGACUCCUUUUUGUAUACUAGCAAACCUCGAUCUCAUACUCGUCUUGUCGUUUUCACUAUUCGCAAUCUUGAUCCAAAUAUUCGACAUCCAAAACCUCCGGUUCUCAUUCAAGCUAGACAGUAUCGAGCACGCCACCAUAUUCCUACAGCUACUUAUAUUCUCGAGUUUCUCUCUCUUCACCGAGUUGACUCGUUUGACCGAAAGCAUGUCAUGUGUCUCGGGAAUCCUGGCCGCCUCGGUUUUCGGGCAGGAGCUUUUCUUGCUCCAUUACCACUCAACCGACCACGUAGGUCUAGAGGGGCACUACCAUUGGCUAAUGCAGCUCAUAGUUUGUGUUUCUUUUCUUGCAGCUUUAUACGCAGCCGCUUCUCCGACAAGCUUUCCUCCGGCUUUAAUCCUCUCUCUAUCGGUGGUUUUUCAAGGAUGCUGGUUUAUAAACAUGGGGUUUGUUCUGUGGGUUCCCGAUUUUGCCCCUCGAGGAUGCGAUUCACUGCGUGGAGAAGCAGUUGUGUGUGGGACCCACGAGGCGGAUGUGAGGGCAAGGGCAUUGGCUAACUUGCAGUUUUGUUGGAUAUUCUCUUCGAUUUUGAUCUUUGUGGCUUCUAUGUGUAUAGCUUUUGGCAGGCAGUGUACAUCGAGGAGGGAGUCGAUCGAGUACGAGCAGCUGUCAAGUCCUGGCCCACGCGACCCUCUUUCAACCGUUGGAUUCAAACAAAUCCAACUGUCUUGUAGGGUGAAAUGAAGGGCUCUUCCACUUUCAUGAAUCUAUUCGAUUUUGGGAAACGGCAAUCGAAUGUUAAGAAGAAAAACUAACUAUAUAGAUAGUUUGCAGAUGAGAUUCUCGACUUACAUAUAUCGACCUGCGAAUUGGUAAUAAUAUUAGAUUCUCAUU